GAUGGAAAGAGAAACUGUGGCCGUAUGGAGAGGGUAUCCCCACCAUAAAGAAUUUAUAACAGCAGAUGUAUAACUGUGAUUCGUAUAACUUGUACAAGUAAAUUCUUUAACAUGACUGACGGUAAAAACGAUAAAAUCAAAGUAGAUCUGGGAUUACUUGAAGAAGAUGAUGAAUUCGAAGAAUUCCCAGCAGAAGAUUGGACGGCAAAAGAUGAAGAUAAUGAAGAUAUUAGUGUAUGGGAAGAUAAUUGGGAUGAUGACGAUGUUGAAGACGAUUUUAAUCAACAAUUAAGAGCACAACUAGAAAAACAAAAAGGUCAAGGUGAACCAACAAAAGAAGAUUAAAUGGUCUGCAACAUUUAAUAGAAAUCAAUAAUUGUGACAUCAAGACAUCUAACAUUUGCAUAUUUAAAUCCAGAUUAAUCUUUUUUAUUUCAUAUGAAGUAAGUAAAUAUUUUAGAAUCUUCUGUGUAUCUUCCUCUCCAAAAAUAAGUUUCAUAUCA